UCCCUUCAAGAUGGAGUCAGAUCUUCCCCUGGAGAUUCAGCCUCUGGAGGUGGAAGUCGAGACGGAAAAGGUCAAGUACAAUUUUUCGAAUUCCCUCAAGUACCGGUGGAAGGGAAAAGUCGUCAGCGAGAAAUUCUAUAACAGGAAGAUGAAGCAAGCAGCUGCGAGGAUCACCAGGAGAGCUGCCAAGGAGGCAGAGGCAUCCUCAGACAACUCCAACGAGCAGCAUGAGCCUGACAAUGUCCAGGAGGUGGAGUUCCCUGUGAAAGGAGAUAGAAUCGUUGACCUGGAGUUCAUGGCCAAGAGGAUGAUCUGUAUAGAGUGCCAGGGGCAUCUCCUCCUGGACAACAUCCGAAAGGAAAUCAAGAGGCGGUGCAGGUCGAUCCUUCAUAUCGAAUGCGAGGAGUGCAAAAUUAUCAACAAAGUUCCAACGAAGGGAAAUUGUAAUGUCAAUAUUUGAGAGUAAAAACCUUGGAGAUGGAAAACUGUAAAUAUUACAUUUAAAAAAUUCCACUUCACUCCAGACGAACUCGACAUCACGAUAAAUUUUAUAGGAUAAGAAAUAAUUAUCAUCGAAUCGAGA